AUGUUAGCACCUGGUGCCCUCAGAGAACGAAAAAUCCUCUUACAAGGAAACACACACAUUUCUUCUUUUCAGCUAAAUCGCUUCUCAUCGGUGCUUAAAAAUGCCAGCGAAUUAUACUCAACAGCGGAUCAGCUGCUGAAAUACUGCUUACCGCGAUGCACUUUCAAGCAGUUGGUGGAGGAUAUCCUGAACGAUUCUGGGGGUUCUGGGAAUUCGGAAACUUUCAGACUGGUUGCAGACAUCUUACAGCGAAUCGCCGCCAAUACUGCCAGUGCUAUUUCCGCAUUUGCAAAUGAGAAAAAGUUAAAAAUUGAUUUGAACGCUGAGCAGUCGUGGGAACUGUACGAGAAGUGUAGCGGUGAAAAGCUCGAAAACACUCUUGCCAACUGCCUCAUCCUCUUUCAUGCAGUUUAUGACGUCAGGUGCGUGUUACUUAGCACGUUUUUGCUGACAUUAUCGCAUUUUUGCAAUUGUUCGAGCCCAAAAGGCAUUGAGCUCUAUCUCCACCAUUCUUGA